AUGAGAAACUUUUCAAUCCUUAUCGAUUUUUCGGUAGCGCGGAGUCUUGGCCGAGAGAAUCACACCAAUGAUCCAGACCAAUUCUGUUUAUGUCAUAAAAUGCGAACUGCUGCGGUUCAACAAGGUCUCGUACACAAGGAUCCCGACGUUGAUGCAAUAUUCAGUAGUCUAUCACUGCCUCUUCACCGUAUCAUCGUUUCAGGAACUUAUGCACCUUGGAAUUCCCAGAAUACUCUGUUCCACAAAAAAGCAUUUUUCAUGCUUUUCCUGCCUACUACUGUGACGUUUGUAUAUGACUCUGAAGCAAUUGUCUUAUCAGCGAAGCCACCUAAUCAACACUUAAGCACAACGGACAUAUGGCGGUCAUACAUAGCACAGAAGUUGUUGCAUAUGAUCGGAGAGACCGUGGCAUUCUACCCACCGAAUGCUGUGCAGUACAGAAAUGCGCACGAUUACUUGGCAGACUUUGAAGACGAAAGCUUUGUUGGAGUUUUGGACACCAUCACAAAAGGCGAACAGCGAUCGAUGGCUAAAUAG